AUGAAGUUCUCCUCGCUUAUAGUGCCUUUUGCUCUUGUGGCAUCAGUGGCUGCUUCCGGGCUCCUCAAGCGAGAUACCAGCGGCUGUUGUUGCGGCUGCCUUGCUCAGAGCGCGGCAGAAUCCAUUGUCGACCAGUACAUCUCCAUCCUCACUCACACGAACGUCACGACUGCCAAUGCUACCGCGCAAGCUCUUCUCGAUGAGAACUACACCGAGAUCAGUGAUUCGAUCCUGUCGCUCGAGGGUCUGCCACUGGGAAAUGCCACCUUUGUUGGCAAACAAGAGUACAUCAAUGGUGUUCUCAAUUCACCCCCUGUAGAGGGAGUCAACACCCUUGAAGUACUGGUCGCCGGCUGCACCAAGAUCCUCUGGUACUGGCUCUUCACUGGUAUUGGCAGCGGCGAGUAUGAGGUCAAGGGGUUCAACUUGUUCACUCUGAGCGACGUGGGUCAGAUUUCCGUGGUGAACCUGGAGUUCAACAGCAUUGCCUGGGGCCUCGAUACGGGAUAUCAGAUCGUCUUCCCUCCCAAUGGUAGUGCGCCCACUCGGAAUUGA